GUAGUCGGCAACUGCCGACAUAUCAUCAGGGGAAUCAGAGAAUUCAGCACAGGCCUUCUCUAGUCGUCAGCAGCGCUCUUUCUGACUCGCGUUGACUAAUUACUACCCCUGUUAUGACGUGAUGAUUGGCUCAUCGGAAUAUCCGAAUCGGACCUCCGACACUAAGAGGGUCGCCUCGGUCUCUCGCGGUGCCGAGACCCGGUGGCAAUCCCAAUAAAGAUCGGAGGCUUGCGUUUUCUAGAACGCGAGGGGAAGUCGUGAGUUUGCUGCAUACACAAAUUCUUCAGGCAGCAUGACGGUAGUGCCUGGCACGACGGUCUCAUCGACAUCACCAUCUAAUGAUGUUGAGAAGGCUGCUAAACCGGUAUCCUCGCCCGAUCCCAAUCUGGUGCGGUGGGAGGAAAAUGACCCCGAAAAUCCACAAAACUUCUCGACAGCGUAUAAAUGCUGGAUCACCUUCCAAUUAGGGAUGUUGGCCCUAAGCGCCAGUUUGGGAUCGAGUAUCAUCUCCCCUGCGCAAACGGACCUCAUUGAAUACCUUGGGAUCAGUAAGGAGGUCAGCAUCCUGGCCACGUCGCUUUACAUUCUCGGGUUCGCAUUCGGUCCGCUGUGCUGGGCACCGAUUUCAGAGAUCUGGGGCCGUCGCUGGUCGAUGCUCCCCGCGGUAUUUUGCAUGGGUCUAUUUAGCAUCGGCACCGCGACCAGCAAGACCACUGCUUCCGUGCUCAUCACGCGAUAUUUUGCCGGCCUGUUCGGCUCUGCCCCCGUCAGCAAUGUCUCCGCCGCCCUCGGGGAUAUUUUUCACAUGAAGGCGCGGGGAAUCGCCUCGACCUCGUACGCCAUCUGCGUCGUUGGCGGGCCCACGAUGGGACCCAUCAUCGGGGCGGCAUUGGUCUCGAACCCUUCUCUCGGCUGGCGCUGGACCGAAUACAUCGAAGCGAUUAUUGUUUUCUUCGUGUUUGCCGUCACGUUCUUCUGUUUGCCCGAGAUGUACGGUCCCGUGCUCCUGCACAAGAAAGCCGUCCGCCUACGCAAAGAAACCGGCAAUGCGGACCUCUACCACCCCCACGAGCAUUUGAAAAUCGACGCCCACAGCAUCGUGACGAAGCACUUCUCCCGGCCCUUGGUCAUGCUCGUCACCGAGCCGAUGGUCACCGUGAUUGCGCUGUACGCCUCCUUCACCUACGCCAUUCUCUACCUCACCCUUGAGGUCUUCCCCAUCGUCUUCGACGAACUCCGCCAGUGGAAACCCGUGGUCGCGACCCUCCCGUUCAUCGCCCUGUUCGUCGGCGUUCUCCUGUCGUCCGCCUUCAUCAUCCUCGUCGGCCAACCCUACUACAUCCGCAAGUUCGACGAAGGCGGCGGCAAGCCCGUGCCUGAGGGCCGCCUCAUGCCCAUGGCCGUCGGCGGGUUCUUGUUCGCGGCGGGCCUGUUCUGGUUUGGCUGGACCGCCGCGCCGAAGUACCACUGGGCGCUGCCCUGCGUGGCGGCGGGCAUGUUCGGCUGCGGGUUCUGCAUCAUCUUCGGCCAGUGCAUCAACUUCCUGGUCGACACGUACGGGCCCUAUGCCGCGUCCGCCACGGCGUCCAACACCUUCCUGCGGAGCGUACUGGCGGCGGCGUUCCCGCUGUUCUCGCAGCCCAUGUUCCACAACCUGGGCGUGGGCCCGGCCAUGUCGAUCCUGGGGGGUGUGGCGGCGGCGGCGAUCCCGGUGCCGUUUCUGUUUAUGGUGUACGGGAAGCGGUUGCGGGCCAUGUCGAGGUUUGCGCCAUUCAAGGGGUGAUUCGGUGGUUGUGGGUGGUCUUGUUAAGGGGACUGACGAGGGUUCUGCAUAAAAGGUGUUUCGUGUUGUUUGAUGAUGCUUAGAUUACGGCAUUUACAUAUAUAUAAUAGACAGGCAUGUACGUAUAUAUACAGGCUUUUUAGUCGGAAACUGUCAUACACGUUCGAAUUAUGACUGGACAGGAGAGAUUCCUACGAUGGUUUAUUUUUGCAGGGGGGCCAUGAUAAACAGUCAUUGAAUCAUAGGCAGGAGGAAAGAGAU